AUGGGUUUCGCUUUGUGCGUUCGCAGGUCAGCAACUAGGUUAGCUUCCGUGUAUACUAAUCGAAUGAGUGGACUCCGAUCCAUCUCCUCCGUUGCUAACAGUCCCUCUCUUCCUCCUCGCAACCCAUCUCCGUUUCGUCCUUUUGCUCUUUACUCGACGGCUAUUGAUCGUAUAAGCUCCGAGCAAUCCCUUCUCCGCGUGAUUGACUCCGAGAUCAACUCUGCUCUCCAAAUCGAUGAUCCUGAUUUGGAUGAAGAGCCGGCUCCAGGAAGCUUUCCUUUCGAGAUUGAAGACAAUCCUGGGCAUCAGACUGUUACAUUGACUAGGGAUUACAAAGGGGAGCAUAUCAAAGUUGUAGUGAGUAUGCCUAGUCUUGACGGUGAUGAAAAUGAGGAUGAUGAUGAUGAGGAUGGUCAUAGCAAUGGGUCAAGUAUUCCAUUAGUUGUGACUGUAACCAAGAAGAGUGGGCUUAGCUUAGAGUUUAGCUGUAUGGCUUUUCCGGAUGAGAUUGCUAUUGAUGCUUUGUCUGUGAGCAAUCAGGGGAGUACUUUGGAGGAUAAGUUGGCUAAUGAAGGGCCUGAUUUUGAGUAA